UUGUUGUUGCCUAUAAUCAUUUCUUUUUCCCAAAAUUAUAGUGAAGAGUGAAUGUCCACAAGUAACAUCUUAACAGAGUUUUUCAAUAUGGAGGAGACCAAUAAGAACACAGUAGAAAACCAAGAAGAGGAAGAAGAAAAUCUCAAAUUCCAGGCAUCAGAGAUCGACUACGUCAGUUAUGGAGGAGAGCAUCACUUACCCCUCAUCAUGGGACUCGUCGAUUCUGAACUCAGCGAGCCCUACUCCAUUUUCACCUAUCGAUACUUCGUCUAUCUCUGGCCCCAGCUCUCUUUCUUGGCGUUUCAUAGAGGAAAAUGUGUGGGAACAGUGGUUUGCAAGAUGGGGGAGCAUCGAAAUACGUUUAGAGGAUACAUUGCCAUGCUUGUUGUCAUCAAACCCUAUAGAGGAAGAGGAAUAGCUACAGAACUUGUUACCAGAUCCAUUCAAGUGAUGAUGGAAUCAGGUUGUGAAGAGGUGACAUUAGAAGCAGAAGUCACGAAUAAAGGAGCGCUGGCAUUAUACGGUGGGCUUGGUUUCGUAAGGGCAAAGCGGCUCUUCCGCUAUUACUUGAACGGAGUUGAUGCUUUCCGUCUGAAGUUGUUGUUCCCUAGUCCUCUGUUACAUCCCUCCCUUUCAAUGAUGGCAGAAAGAGAUGACAGCCAUUGGCACAAUAAUGAUCACAUUCCGAUCGAAGAAUGUUCUGAAGUUCAUUGAAACAAGUCACUGUCACAACUCGGUACUGGUACUGGUGCUGCAUACAAGAGACCAACUGAUGAGGUAAAUUAUAAUAUGUUGUUGUAAUUAACAACGUUUCUUGUUGAGCUGAACAGUUUUUUGAAAAGCUUUAACAUAAGUGCUACCAUUUUUUUUGUAUCUCUGAAGAGCUUUUAGUAUAACAACUUUCAGAAA